AUGCACCUUGAGGGGACCCAACCUGGCGACGAAGACCAAUCGAAAGGCCACCAUCAUGGAGAGGACGACGAAACAACGACCAAGACACAUGAAUUCGACCCGCACGAGGCAGAAAGCGACAGAACAAAGUGGCGGCCCAAAACCCGUCUGGAUAGGGCUGCACGGCGCGAGACUCGACAUACCCUCUCUCGCUCACAGCCGCGACUGAAGACAGCGACAAGGGUUCCGAUCAGCCACCGGAUUCUGACGUGUCACUGCCGGGAAACCGAAUUUUCCGUCGAGCCGGCGAUCAACCUGUCGGACGACACCGUUUUUCAGUUCCUGAGCGAGGAGUACGAGGGGCUGUCGCCGGAGAGCUGUCUUGAUGACGUCAACGAGAGAGAAAGUGACGACGAAGACGAAAAUAGGUCCGAUUCCGAUGAUAAUUUCUGGGAAACUCAACAUGGGUUGUUGAAGUCGACAUUAUGUAGAACAACUUCUUUAGAAUCGAAAAUUCGGAGUAUCACAAAGGAAUCAUUAAAAGAAGCGAAAGUUGCCGGAAAUGUGUGUGCCUGCGGCAGAUCCGCCGACAACGGCUGCCGGAAAUGCCUGAUGGAGGUGGUUUGUGGCCAUCUGCAAAACGAGGGCUUUAACAGUGCGAUUUGCAAGUCCAAGUGGAAGAGUUCACCUGAAAUGCCCUCAGGGGAGCACACAUUUGUGGACGUAUUGGACAACACAAAUCCGAAAAAGGAAGUGCGGGUGAUAAUCGAGCUGAACUUUCGGGCCGAGUUCGAGAUGGCCCGAGCAAGCGAAGAGUACAAAGCGCUUGUUAAGAGGCUGCCCGAAAUAUUCGUGGGCAAGAUCGAGAGGCUAAUGGGCCUGUUAAAGUUAAUAUGCGGAGCCGCGAAAAAGUGCAUGAAGGAGAAGAAAAUGCACAUGGGCCCAUGGAGAAGGCAGGCCUACAUGCAGGCCAAGUGGGUCAGGGUUAGGGAGCGGCUACCGGCGGCCCAACCAUUGUUGUCGGCGUAUUUAGGCCGUCCGGCUCGGCCGAGAAAGUCAAUGCUCACCGUCGACUUGACGGAGAGUCUCUCGAACUUGCAUAGACCCGCUGUGGCUGUGGUCUGA